AUCACUCAACAUUACCAGUUUCAACUUACUAUGCUCAAGUCCAGGCAACAUACAGGCAGGGGAAAUGUCUCUUCCAAGGCUAGAAGUAAACAUCAGAACAUAUGAUAAUUCCAUUCCAAUCAGUGAAUCAAGCAGAAAAUCAUGGAAUCAAAAACACUUUGCUUUGACAUUUCCCAAACCACUCCAGAGAGGUACAAAUGAUAAAUCAAGACCUUUGAAAUCACAAAUAACAGUUACUAGACAUGACAAAAGAAAACUAGAAGAAGGCCAGAAACCAGCUCAUAAAUGGAUAAGGCAUUCUUUAAGAAAAAUUUUGCAAUGGCCACCUAUUUACACAGCUGCCAGGGAACAGACUCCAUUCAGACAUCUUUAUACUUCCAAAACCCAUCUUAAAAAAGCAGAAUAUAAAAAGUCCAAAGAUGAAAAAGGAGGAACACCUUUGAAGAAAGAUUCCAAGAAAAAAGGAGGUUCAUAUGCAACAAAUCCAGAAUCCAAGCAAAUAGUAGAAGAGAAAACUAAAAGACAAAAUGAGGCAGAUAAAACUCCCUUAAAAUCAUCACAUGAAAAUGAACAAUCCAAGAAGUCAAAAUCCAGUUCAGAAACAAAUCCAGAAUCCCAAAAUUCUAAGACAGUCUCAAAAAAUUGUUCACAAAAAGAUAAGAAAGAUUCAAAGAAUUCCAAGAAGACAAACACUGAAUUCCUACAUACAAAGAACAAUCCAAAGAAAGAUUUGAAGAGGUCAAAGACUAGUAAUGAUCCCAUAUCAGAGAUUUGCUCAGAAAAUAGUUUAAAUGUUGAUUUCCUCAUGUUAGUGGGACAGUCUGAUGAUGAAUCCAUAAAUUUUGAUGCAUGGUUAAGGAAUUACUCACAGAAUAAUUCAAAGAAUUAUUCUUUGAAGUAUACAAAGAAGGACACAAAAAAGAAUGCAAAGAAAAGCUCUGAUGCUGAAUCUGAAGACUCAAAGGAUGCUAAGAAAGAUUCAAAGAAAGUUAAGAAAAAUGUCAAGAAAGAUGACAAGAAAAAGGAUGUAAAGAAGGACACAGAGUCUACUGAUGCUGAAUCUGGAGACUCAAAGGAUGAAAGGAAAGAUACAAAGAAGGAUAAGAAAAAAUUAAAGAAAGAUGACAAGAAAAAGGACACAAAGAAGUACCCAGAGUCUACUGAUACUGAAUCAGGAGAUGCAAAGGAUGCAAGAAAUGAUUCAAGAAAUUUGAAGAAAGCUUCAAAGAAUGAUGACAAGAAAAAGGAUGCAAAGAAAAUUACAUUCUCUACUGAUUCUGAAUCUGAACUGGAGUCAAAGGAGAGUCAGAAAGAUGAAAAAAAGGAUAAAAAAGAUUCAAAGACAGAUAAUAAAAAGUCUGUCAAGAAUGAUGAAGAGUCUACUGAUGCUGACUCUGAACCGAAGGGAGAUUCAAAAAAGGGUAAAAAGGAUGAAAAGAAGGGGAAGAAAGAUUCAAAGAAAGAUGACAAAAAGAAGGAUGCAAAGAAAAAUGCAGAAUCUACUGAAAUGGAAUCUGAUUUGGAGUUAAAGAAGGACAAGAAACACUCAAAGGAAAAGAAAGUUUCAAAGAAAGAUAUCAAGAAGGAUGCAAGAAAGGACACAGAGUCUACUGAUGCUGAAUUUGAUGAAUCUUCCAAGACAGGCUUUAAAACAUCUACAAAAAUCAAAGGUUCAGAUACUGAAUCUGAAGAGUCACUAUAUAAACCUGGGGCUAAGAAGAAAAUUGAUGAAUCAGAUGGCACAUCUGCAAAUUCAAAGAUGGAAGGACUGGAAACAAAGAGAGGAUUCAGAAUGUCAUCCAAAAAGACUACAUUCAAUGAAAAAGGGGAAAAAGCAAGUACAGGUAGAGUUCCUCCAUCAAGAGAAAAACCACCACUCCCUGCUUGUGAGCCUUCUCUACCAUCACCAAAGGUCAGACGUCUUUGUUGGUGCAAGAUGCCUCCUCCACCUCCAAAACCAAGAUAUGCUCCUUUGCCUGAAGCACCGUGGAUUCAUAAGCUGCUUUAAAGAACAACUGAGCACUUGGUUUCACAGAAUGGCCUUACCACAGUAAGCACCAGCUACUCUCAAAUGAGCAUUUCUACCUCUGUGGAACUGAAAUAAAAACAAGUCUUCCAUGAGUA